UGCAAUGAUAAAAAGGAAGAUUUUUUGUAAAAUGGCCGGUGCCUAGAAGACAAACGUAAAUAAUGGAAAAAAACUUAUGUUAAAUUACGAACGCGCCGUCACAUGUUAAAUCUUGCCGUUGUCAGUCAUUCAGCAUGCUAAAAAUGGUCAAAUUGACCGCGACUUUUAACUAAAAUAUUGUAACUUUAUUUUAAAUAUUUUAGAGAAAAGAUAACAAUCGAUUCACCAUACAAACGUAGUCCUCAUUUUCCUCCCUGGAUAUUGACAUUAUGGAAAAUCAUUUUCACACAUCACAGUUUUACGUCUGCAAAUAUCGAUACUGCAAAUAUUGUACUUGUGGUCCUUCGAGCAACACCGGCUUCCAACACGUCAGAAGGGAGGAGCCUAAGCUAUGCCUAAGCGAUAUCUUACCGAACAAAUCAUUCUGUCAUUUUUUGCGGGGGAAACGUGCACACAGACGCACUUCUCACUCACUAAUAACUCACUACAUACAAAAUCCAAUCUGUAAUUACCACACAAAUACGUAGAAUAUGACACACGUCAAAGACAAAUCUUGCACACCUCGAUCUCUUUUUGUGUACGGACGAGUCGCAACAUGCACCGCCAUAGGCACAGUUGUACCUAUUCUUUGACAGAGGGGAAAUAGUAUGAAUGCCGACCUUUGAUGCCGACUCCCGUUGCAGGGACUCGACAACCUAUCCUAUGACAUACAUGACAACCUCCCACCCGCCCGUUGCCAAGCAACUGUUCUCUGUUUAUUUGCGUUCAGUGACGUCCAAAGUUGACGUCUUUCCACAUCCCAGCUGUUUUGUUACUGUUUUACAUUGUUAGUGAAUAUUAACAAUGAAGAAGAUGUCGUUGAAAGAUUUGGCGCCCAUCGCAAUACCGCACGGACCGCCGGUGGAGUGCGCCGAGGAGUAUUACAACUCGCUGAUGCAAAGUUCCAUGAUUGUGAAAAAAUAUCCAGUAUGGGACGUGGCGCGCCCUACCCCACAAGUCCUGAUGGAACAAGCCAGGCGAGACCUGAUGGAGGCGGAGGAGAAACUUGCCGAGAAGCGAGAGGAGGAGGCGCGUAAUCGCGCCGCCAUGGACAUCAAGUGGGGAGAGCUUCGCGCUAAAGAGCUGCUGCUGAAGGAAUCUUUCAUUAGCUUUAAUAAGUUCAUUCGAGAGAACCAAAAGAAACGCGAUCGCGCCGAGCGUAAGAUGGCGGCCGACGAGGAAGCGCUCGAACGCAAGACACGUGAAACAGAGGCCAUGCGCAAGCGCGUGGAAGAGAUGGAAGAAGUCAGGCUUAUGAUGGAGAAGCAGGUCAAGGACUACACCAUCUAUGAGGAUUACUUAAUGGCGGUUGUGAGGAACUAUCCAGAAUUCAAGCAGCCUUUGGAUGUUCUCAAUCGAUAUGAAGCUUUGGCCGCUGCGAAAAGUACCCUGGCCGACCGCCAGGAGCAUGACCUGGAGAUGCUGGAAGACGCGAGGAAGGAGAUAGCAUCCCUCACCGAGGAGAAGAAAUUGUUCAUCAUGGGGCUCAAUAACAAGCUUGCAAACUUGAGGUGGGAGUAUGACCAAGUACGCAAUCGCGUGAUAAAAUGGGAGCUGGCACUGCACCGGUUGAAGGAAACGGCUGCCAGGCGUCACGUCGAGCUGUGCCACGUCAAGGCCGCCAUAUACAGCCUCUACGUCAAGAUCUGCAAGAACAAGGGGCUUUCUAUUGAGGUGAAGCCUCAGGACUUCGAGCAGCAGUUGGUUGUGAUAAUGCGAGCGUUGCUGGAGCUAAAGAGGAUCCAUAGAAUCGCAGCCAAGCGCUCCAAGGAGAAGGGUGAUGCAGAGUCCGCGCUCCAGUCUGCGGGCUAGUUUAAUUUAUUAUUUUAAUAAAUAUCUUACAUAAUAUUAUCAUAAAAUCAUGGCCAAAUUAAUUUGUAUGUUGUAUAUAGCUUCUGUUUGUUCCUUUUGGAUGUUUUCCUGAUAAAAUAAAAUCAUCAUGUAAGACAAG